AUGCAAUUCAUUCUUUUUAUUGCCAUCUUCUUUUCGCUGGGCUUCAAUGCUCUGGCCAUGCCUGUGGUUGCUCCAAACCGCCUUCAAGGCCGGUCCUUCAAGGUAGAGCGAGUCAAGCGCAAUGAUCAUGUUGCCCAUGGACCCACGGCGCUGCGCAAGGCAUAUCGCAAAUUCGGCAUUGAUACCACAACACUCAAUGGCGUUGACGUGAGCGACUUCCAGCCCUUCGAAACCCAACACCCAGCUCCGAAGAGCGCCCAGGCAGCCGCCGGGAAAUCGGAUCAGACGGGCGUUGUGGACGCAACUUCUGUCGACGGCGACGUCGAAUUCGUCUCGCCGGUCAACAUUGGAGGCCAAACCCUCGACAUGAAUUUUGACAGCGGCUCAGCUGAUAUGUGGGUGCUUAGCUCGAGACUUCCAAAAUCCCUGCGAAGUAAUCGAGAAGUAUACGACCCGAGCGAGUCAUCGACGUUCGAAGAUCUGAAGGACAGUACAUUCAGAAUCGCAUACGGUGACUCGUCCUAUGCCUCCGGCGGAGUAGGCAAGGACGCAGUCUCGAUCGGUGGCGUCAAAGUCACCGAACAAACAUUCGGUCUUCCAACCGACAUCUCUCAAACAUUCGCAGAUGACACAAAGUCCAACGGACUCCUCGGCCUUGGCUUCUCUUCCAUCAACACCAUCAAGCCCGAGUCACAGAAAACAUUCUUCGACAACGUCGCCGACAGCCUCGACGAGCCGGUCUUCACCGUCCGUCUGCUCAGCAACGGGGUCGGCGAAUACGAAUUUGGAACCAUUGAUAAAACCAAGUAUAGUGGCACGCUGGUUAAUGUCAGCGUGGAUUCAAGCAAUGGGUUUUGGGAAUUCAGCUCGGCUCAAUAUGCCAUUGGAGGUGGUGCUUUCCAUACAAUUACACAGGCACCCAGUGCAAUUGCCGAUACCGGGACUUCGCUCAUGAUGGUUAGCCCUGAGGUUGCGGAGGCGUAUUAUCAGCAGGUUGAUGGUGCGAUCUUCGCUAAUAAUGCUAAUGGGUAUAUCUUCCCUUGUACCUCGUCCUUGCCUACCUUGUCUGUGGCGAUUGGUAGUGCUUAUUCGGCUACCAUUCCUGGAUCGUUGAUGAAUUGGUCGGAGGUUGGGACUAAUACGACCACUGGCGAGACAGUCUGCUAUGGCGGUGUUCAGUCCAGUGGAAGCUCGACAAUGGCGAUCUAUGGCGAUGUCUUCUUGAAGGCUCUGUUUGUGGUGUUUGACCAGCGAGGUCCUUCCCUGGGAUUCGCGUCGCCUGCUUGA